AUGGCAUAUGACAGAUAUGUUGCUAUAUGUGACCCUUUACACUAUCACACUAUUUUAAACAGGAAACACAGUCUUGUGUUGGCAUCAGGCACUUGGCUGUCAGGAAGCUUAAACUCACUUGUGAUUACAAUCCCAGCAUCACACAUGUCCUUCUGUCAUUCUCGCACCAUACACCAGUUUUUCUGUGAUGCCAAAGCUCUGGCUUACAUCUCCUGUGCUGGUGGUGAAGACUUUGUUAUAGUAGUCUACAUGGAAGUAUUGACAUAUGGAACCUUUCCUGUCCUGUUCUGUGUAACAUCAUACAUAAAAAUUAUCAGGGUCAUCUUGCAGAUAAAAUCUAGGGAAGGAAGAAAGAAAGCCUUCUCCACCUGCUCAUCCCACCUCACUGUCGUCUUUAUGUUCUAUAUGACAGCUUUGACUGUGUACAUGUUGCCACCAUCAGAAUACUCAAGUGUCCUAGAACCAUUGUCUAGUGUACUAUACGCAGUUGUUAUUCCAAUGAUAAACCCUCUGAUCUACAGUCUACGGAACAAAGACAUGAAAUGUGCUCUGCUGAGAUUACUGAGGGUGGGGGGCAUGACAAAGUAUUGA